CUGGAAGAGCUGGAAAAGUGUAGAAGGUAUGUGAUCGUCUAGAAAUUUUUUCAGAGUCAGAACUUGGAAAGCUGAGGUUCUACUUUCCCAAGGAAGACUAGCACAACAGGAUCUCCCUGUGGUUUUGUGCCUACCCAUAUUCACUAGUUUCCAGCUUUUACUUUCAAAAUAAAUCUUCCUCGUGUCCCUGAAAGAAGACUCAAAAGGAGGAAGGGAGAGUUUUUACUGGUAUCCUGUCCUCAGGUCAGAAAGGGAAGAAGCAGGGACAGAAGAGCUUGCAUGAAUCUCCUUGUGAUGAAGAUAGAAGUUAAAACAUGACUGUUUCUACCUACCAAAGCCUCGUUCUGAUGUCUGUCCCCUUAACUGGUUAUCUGUUCUCGAAUGUCUACUACCACCACCCAUACUACCAUGUGGUUAGAGUCACACUGGAAGAACAUCCGCCAAGCCUUGUUGCUUCUUUUCACUGCUGCUCUUCUCAUUGGGGUCACCAUGCUAGCCAUUUCAUCUAACAUUAACCCAAUAGGCUACUUCUUCCUAGGGGUAGGUGGAAUAUGCCUGAUUGGCUAUUUGCUGAGCGUGUUUGUUGAGUGUUACUUGAAGAAUCAACACCGACGUGACACAAAUGAGAUACCUCCAAACAGACAAAGCCAAGCAGGGGUGAAUGCUGCCUAUGAAGCACCUACAUACGAGGAGGUGAUGACUAUGUCAGUUCCAGCAAUAUGGACAAUUGCAUCCAAUCCAGGCUCAGUGCCCUCACCAUUGAGUGACCCUCCCCCUUACAAUGUAGCUAUUGAAUCACCUGCCCAGGAAGAGACUGUGAUGGAAACCCUCAGGGUCUCAGUGGCAUCAGCCACAAGGAGCACCUCUGAGACAGACACAGGCUCCAGGAUGCACUUGCAGCUGGUGCUGCCCCCAAGAUUGCGAUUUGCUUCAGAUAUCCAUGAAGUGAAAGGUACCACAGACAGGUUUGAGCCACUGGAGCCGCUCACUCCACCACCUGCUUAUGAGAGUGCCAUCAACGAUGAGGUCUUUGAAGAUGUCUUCCAGCCCUCCACAGUAUGAUUAAUUCCACCUUCUAUGAAGGCAGGACCAAACCCCCACCUGGCUGAACCUCAUGGUUCUCCUGGAGGGAAGGUGAAAGAGCUGAUUUUUUUCAUGCCUGCAACAGGAGAAGUUUGUCUUAUCAUUCCUUGAACCAGAGCUGAACUACAGACAUAGCAUCUAAUUUCACUACAAACUUUGCACACUAAAUAAUUCAGUGCAAUACCAUGAUGCUUCAUCUUGGCACAAAAUAAACAAAGUCACUGAAGAGAAAAUUGUGUGACAUAUAGCAACAACCGAAACUGGAGAUAUAUCUUUAUGGGGAAGAAGAGCGAAUCAUAAGGAAAGACAAGCUGCCUUGGAAAGGGGAGGAAUAGAAACAGCUCUGAGUAGAUUCUGCCUGUGCAUUACUGUUUGCCUGUGCAAACAGUAUCACUGAGAGUUUUGUGAUCAUCAACCACCCUAAAUUUCCUAUUGAGAGACUGAGACUGCAGUUCCCUGAUUGAAAAGUUUUGGCAGCAACAAAAACUUAUGAUCUGUGCUAUUUGUUGCUACAUCUCUGCUGCACUCACACCACAUUCUCAGUUGUGCUAACAUUGAGAGGAGGAGGGCUGUAUUCAUUUGGAAGCUGAUACUACCUAAUACUAUCACUUUGCUGCCAAUCAGCUCGAGGUUGAAAACCUCACAGCAGUUGUGGCAUUAUGAAACAAUGUGUUAUUUAGAAGGUUCUCAUCCUACACUGCCUGCAGGUGAUGAACAUAAGGAAGACAACACCAUUUUUUAUUGCAGUGCGAGAGGUCAACAAUGGAACACAUACCCUCUGCCUGGAGGGCUGCGCCGAGAAGAACCUCAUUAAGUUCAGCAGGGGCAAGCGCAGGGUCCUGCACUUAGGGAGGAAUAACCCCAAGCACCAGUACAGGCUGGGGGGUGACCUGCUGGAGUACAGCUCUGCAGAGAGGGACCUGGGAGUCCUGGUGGACAGCAGGCUGACCAGGAGCCAGCAAUGUCCCCUCGUGGCCAAGGAGGCCAAUGGUAUCCUGGGCUGCAUUUGGAAGAGUGUUGCCAGCAGCUCAAGGAAGGUGAUCCUGCCCCUCUUCUCAGCCCUGGUGAGGCCACACCUGGAGUAUUGUGUCCAGUUCUGGGCUCCCCAGUACAAGAGCAACAUAGAACUACUGGAGUGAGUCCAGCAAAGGUGUACGAAGAUGCUUAUAGGACUGGUGCACCUGUCGUACGAGUACACUCUGAGAGAACUGGGCCUGUUUAGCCUGGAAAAGAGAAGACUGAGGGGAGACCUCAUUAAUGUAUAUAAAUAUCUGAGGGGAGGGUGUUGAGAGGAUGGAGCCGGUCUCUCUUCAGCUGUGCCCAGCAACAGGACAAGAGCAAAUGGGCACAAACUGAAGGACAGGAGGUUCCGGCUGAAUAUGAGGGGGCACUUCUUUACUGUGAGGGUGACAGAGCACUGGAACAGGUUGCCCAGAGAGGUUGUGGAGCCUUCUUCUCUGGAGAUACUCAAAACUCACCUGGAUGCCACCCUGUGCAAUGUGCUCUAGGUGAUCCUGCUAGGCAGUGGGGCUGAACUAGAUGAUCUUCAGAGGUCCCUUCCAACCUCAUGCAUUCUAUGAUUCUGUGGACCACCAGUUUUGACAGCUCUACAGUAGGGCUUACUACACUGUUAUAGUACAGACUCAACCAGAUCACUUGAUAUACUUUGUCAUCAUGACAAGUGUUUGUGUAGGAAGGUCAACACUCCAAGUUCACCGUAACAACCCCAUGCAUGGGCAUUUCUCUCUGGUACCUGGAGAGGGGCAGUCUGUCUGUCAAGGCUGUGACUGUAGCAGAGAGCACCUGAGAAUAAGAGUCACAAAGCACAGGUGGUCUUCAUCAUGACAGUUCUGGUUUGGAGCCAGGUUCUAGCUUUCAUCAAUUAGUGAUACUAUUCAGUCUUUUAAAAUGGGCAAGAUUAAGUGUUAGACUCUGUUAAAGUAGUUUGCAGUAAGCAAAGAGACAUUCAGGUCUGGUGAAUGUCCAAAUUAAAAGGGAAAGACAAACAAGAAAAAACAAACAUGGUCAUCCAGAUCUCCUUAUGACUGCAGGCAGCAAUCAUCACAGCAUUGUUUCAUAAGCCUACAUCAUUUUUAACUCAUAUCAUUCAUAGGCUAAAAGCAAAUAAAUUAUUUCUUAUUGUUUGAUUCUUAUAGUUGAAAGAAAACAUUUUGUAUGUUGUUUAUUAAUAAACAAGACUAC